AAAGGAGGAAAGACUCAUCUCGUUAGUGACGGGUCUGCCGUCCGACAAGAUGCACUUGUUCUUACGCGUUCGAUCGCCACGUUAUAUUUCUUCGCUGUGCCACGAACAUCGGUUUACAUUGCAGAAGCUGACACGGAUCUUUCUGCUUGAUCGAACAAGUUUGAAGAACUAUUGUCAAGGUACGUAACAGGAUAACAAGGAAUUGCAUAAGGGUUCGUGAACGAAGACGGUCAGAAUUGCGCAAUAAAUAUUUGUACGCAGCAAAUAAAACGUUUAAUUGCAGAUGCAGGCGUCGUCGAUGAAUUUAUUAGCAGCCGGCUUAUCGCUAUUUUGCUUCGUGUAUCCCCUCCAUGGCGACCCUCAAGGAUUCUAUUCGACGAAUUAUGAGCCCUACAAUCCUGUAUAUCACAUAUCAGACCCGCUGCACCGUGUUGCACAAUUUCCUGAACGAUACGAUUCUUCGGGCACUGAGAAAUCUUUACCACGCGUGACACAGUAUAAAGAAACAACCGAGAUCAGUCCAGAAGAAGAUCAGUUUGAAAAACCUUUGCUUCUGCUGAGUUACUCUAGAGGAAUGACAGAAACGGUGCAGCCAGGAGUAUAUAACAGGUAUAGUGAUUUUGGGUCGGGUGAUCGCGAAGAGAAAGCGAAAGAAGAUAGAAUAAAAGUUGAAGAUAAAAAGAGUGACUUGGACGAGGAGGCAAUUAUAGAAAAGAUGAGGAUUCUAGAUCGACUGUUGUCUGAGGAUUCGGGUGAAAAAGAUUUUGAUACGAAUGUAAUUGGAGACAAGAUCAUCUCGGAAGAAUCGAAGAGGGUUGUCAGAGAAGUGAAGAAGAAGAAGCCGGGAUUGUUUUGGUCCUUGGCAAAAAUCACGUUCGAGGCAAUCAGCGACACGACAUCAGCGAUCAAGGAGAUCGCCACCAUCAUCAAUAACAGCAUCGCUCCGGAUUCGGUCACUGCUAGUAGCAUGAUGAAAGGAUCCCUAAAGGAUGCAAGUUCAUCGAACAUGACCAACGUCAACGGAACAGAAACAACGACAUCGAUACCCACGACCACGCCCUUUGUCUUAACUAGACAAUCGCUACAGAAUUUAAUCAGGAGAAACGUCUUGGGGCUCGUUAAACUUUUUAAUGUCGAAUGGAAAGACGCACUAAACCAAUCGGAAACAAACGUGAAAGAGUUCCAGAGGGAUCUAGGAAACCAAAUAGGCAGUUUCUUUCGUGACAGAAGGGACACUUAAAACGACUGAUUGCAUUAGGACAUUUCUUAUUCGAUAAAAUUCCUUCGACAGUGUACAUCCUCCGAGCAUGUAGCCAAAGAUCGAACAUAAGUUUAACCGACUAGUAGUACGUGUAAAAAACCGUUUCUUUUUAUAAUUCGAAUUAAAGAGUUGAAAGCGAAA